UACAACAUUGCGGCUGUGACCAACGACAUCUUCACGAGGUGCGGACUUUCCCUUUUCUUCCAACGGAGCCCCUACCUUCCUCUCAAACCCACCACCACCACAACCUACUAAUGCAGAAGCGGGCCCAAAACAGAGAAGACGCCGAAUUCCUCACCCGCCACAAGGCCCUGGCGCCCAACCGCAUCCGCGCCAUCGAGACGGGCGGCUGCCCGCACGCCGCCGUUCGUGAGGACAUCAGCGCCAACCUGCUGGCCCUACAGUCGCUGCACAAGCAAUUCCAGACCGAUCUGCUGCUGAUCGAGUCCGGCGGCGACAAUUUGGCGGCCAACUACUCGCGCGAGCUGGCCGAUUUCAUUAUUUAUGUCAUUGACGUCGCCGGCGGCGACAAGGUGCCCCGCAAGGGCGGGCCGGGCAUCACGGGCAGCGAUCUGCUGGUCGUCAACAAGUGUGAUCUGGCGGCGAUCGUGGGCGCGGAUCUGGGCGUCAUGGAGCGGGAUGCUGCCCGGAUGCGGGAGGGCGGGCCUACGGUCUUUGCCGAGGUCAAGAAUGGGAAGGGGAUGGAGCAUAUUGUGGGAUUGAUUUUGAGUGCGUGGAAGGCGUGUGGCGCGUAUGAGGAGUGUGUGAGGAGGUGGAAGGCCGGUGGGCAGAGGGGGUCGGGGAGUGUUGAUGUUUGAUUUCUCUCUCUCUCUCUUCUCUUUAAGUUUCUUGGGGUGGAUUUUGGGUAGUUUGACAUGUGCCCGUUGAUGUAUAUGAUGAUGAUCGUUUAUUUGCAUAUUUCUAUCAUGGGAUAUAUAUUCAAA